UCCCUUUUUUCCACCCUGCUUGCAGCAUCCCCCUUCGCUGGUCUCUUUAACUAUCUCGUUUUUACCCUUCUGCUGGAUCUCUCUUCGUCUCGCUCGCCCGCGGAAAGCAAGAGAGAGCGUUUUCGCGUUCGACGAAGGCCUGCGCAGAGCGGCGGAGCGCUCAAACGAUGAACAGCAUCGGACUGACGACGGCAGCGGCGGCGUCGUCAGUCGUCGUGAGGGUGCGUGGGAGAGCGUCAGCGAGAGGAAGGAGGACCGAGGGAGGCUGCGAGGCAGCGCGCGCGUGCGAGAGGGUGCGCGACAGCCGGCGAUCCGAGAAAGAAGGCGCGACACGUCGAAGCGGGUGCAACGGAGGGGUGGCGGAGAGAGAAGCGCGUUCGCGUCUUUUCGACGUCGACGCAACCGGGUUGGCGCAGAAUAGCUGCUCAGUGCUCGUCGAACGGCGCCGCGCUGCGACGGGAUCAUGCCGCCGCGCCCUGCGCCACCGAUCGACCGAUCUCAGGUGGUGUAAUCUGUGGAAACCAAUGACCGACUCGAUCCGCGGUCUUUGGUGAAAUCAGUCGAUCGUCGAUCGUCGUCGCAAGCGUGGCAGGGAAUCAAAAUGUGACGCGCAAUGUACCUCUGACAGUCUCGCAUAGAGGAUCAGAGGAUCACGUAGCGCUGGACUGAUAAGGUGAUCCGGGGCGACAUGAACUCGAGCGGCGAAUCCGGCGGAACGAUGACAGAAGACUACGAGGGCGGCUGCAGCGUGCCGGAAGAGGAGACGGGCUCGAAUCUACCGACGUGGGAGGCGGUGGCGGCCACGCUCACCCUGAGCUUCCUCGUACUGGCGACGGUGUUCGGCAACGCGCUCGUGAUCCUGAGCGUGUUCACAUAUCGACCGCUGCGCAUCGUCCAAAACUUCUUCAUCGUCUCGCUGGCGGUGGCCGAUCUCGCGGUGGCGAUUCUCGUGAUGCCGUUCAACGUAGCCUACCUGCUGCUGGGCAAGUGGAUCUUCGGCAUUCAUCUGUGCAAGCUGUGGUUGACGUGCGACGUGCUCUGCUGCACCGCCAGCAUCCUCAAUCUGUGCGCGAUCGCGCUGGACCGCUACUGGGCGAUUACCGAUCCGAUCAAUUACGCGCAGAAGCGCACCCUGAAGCGCGUCCUGGGCACGAUCGCCGGCGUGUGGAUACUCUCGGGCGCGAUCAGCUCGCCGCCACUGGCCGGCUGGAACGACUGGCCGGAGGAGCUGCAUCCGGGAACGCCGUGUCAGCUCACGAGACGGCAGGGCUACGUUAUAUACUCCUCGCUGGGUUCGUUCUUCAUACCGUUGCUGCUGAUGAGCCUGGUUUACCUGGAAAUCUUCCUGGCGACGCGCCGACGGCUGCGAGAGCGAGCGCGGCAGAGCAGGCUCGGCCCGGUGCAGUCGACGCGACAGCGCGAAACCGACGACGCCGAGGAGUCGGUGAGCUCGGAGACGAAUCACAACGAGCGCUCGACGCCGCGCUUGCAAGCGAAGCCGUCGUUGAUCGACGACGAGCCGACGGAGGUGACGAUAGGCGGCGGCGGCAGCGGCGGUAACACCAGCACGUCCAAUAGACGCGGCGGCGGCGCCGGCAUCGCUCCCGGCACUUCGACCACCGUUUAUCAGUUCAUCGAGGAGCGACAGCGGAUCUCGCUGUCGAAGGAGAGACGCGCGGCGAGGACUCUGGGCGUUAUCAUGGGCGUCUUCGUCGUCUGCUGGCUGCCGUUCUUCCUCAUGUACGUCAUCGUGCCGUUCUGCCCGGCCUGCUGCCCGUCGGACAGAAUGGUGUACUUCAUCACGUGGCUCGGCUACGUCAACAGCGCGCUCAAUCCCCUCAUCUACACGAUCUUCAAUCUCGAUUACAGACGGGCGUUCAGACGGCUGCUGCGAUUCCGCUGAGCCGUGCCCCGCCGAGCCGACGUUUAAUUCCCCGGUGGUUCGGCUUGAGAAAAAAAUCCUCGCGCGACGUUGAAGCGGUGUGGAAACUCGCGGCGUGCCGGUUGGUAGCCGCCCGUCGCGUCUUCUAAAUCCCACAGGAUUUCUGUCUCGCUAACCUACCGUCAAAGUCGUUGAAUAAGUUCUUCGUCCACCAGGGAAAAGCGCGUCACUCGUCGUUAUCGCGCCCGGCACGGCGGUAAUUAACGAGAAUUUAAGCCUCGCUCGCUCGUUUCGCGUCGUAGAUCAUUACGUUGCGCGGUGAAACCCUUGCGCGCAGUCAGCACAAAGACGACGACGACGACGAUGACGACGACGACGACGACGACCACCACGUCGCCGCGACGAGUUACGAAACGGCAAAAUGUCGCGGAGCAAGCAAGUUCACCAAAAUGUAAAUUGACAGGACUGUUGCCGCUUUGCGACAAGUUACGAGCUGAUCCUGCGAAACUCGGGUCGCCGAUAAUUCAUUUUCGACUUUGCAACGUUUAAUUAAAGUAUCCAUCUUGUUGGCGCGAGCAAUUACAUUCGUCCGACCAGCAGCGAUGAAGAACACGCUCAUAAUUUUCUACGGAUGAAACUCGAGACGACGCUCCGUUAUUUGUGUCGCGGAAAAGAGAAAUGUGUAAGCUUCUUCGGACGGUAAAUCUCAAUGUCAUAAUUAGGAGGAAUUAAACAGAAGGGAAUUAAAGAUACUUGUUUGCGUAAAAAUUAAAAUUUCUAGGAUUAUUCCGCGUUUUUUUAUUUUUCGAUCUCAAUUAUUUACGGAAUUCUUUUUAAUCGCGAGAUUUUGAAAGUAAAUUUUUCCUUGGGGGAUUAAAACCAUCGCGUAGUUAGGAAAGUCUCGAGGAUUUCCCGUACAAUCGGUGUAACGAAUUGCCGCGAUCAAGCCGAAGAGCGAUAUACACUUAACGUUGAAACUCGUGGAAAAUUUAUCAAGGAUUCCGAGAAGAUGUUGGGGGAAAUGGAUGCGGUUUCAUCCGAGAGCACGCGGUGCGCCGCAAUCAAGAUUGGCAGCCAGACCGGCGCUGAGCCGCCCCUGAAGAGCUUUCAAAGACGAAAGUUGGAGGGGAAACUUUUCUUGAAAAUGAUAAAGAAAAUUAUGCUUCUGUGCUGUGCUUGGCCGGCGACCAUUUUUCCCGGAUAUCAUUAUCAUUAUUUAAAACUUCCGUGUGAAUUAUCCUUCUAUCGCGUUUCCGAGAAUUAAUCUAAAAGAUGAUUAAUGAUUGAAUGUAGCACUCGAAGGCGUAGUGUGAUUUAUCACGAUUAAAAGUGCUCGUUAUCGAAUCGAAUUUAGGUCGUCGAAAAGAUUCGCAAGAGGUUAAUCGCGAGGGACCACCGUUUCUUCCCUCGCGCGAAAUUCAACGUUCGCCGCGUGUGUUUUCCGAUCUCGGAUGAGUGCAAAAAGAAGAGAAGUGGAAUGUCGAGCGACCGUCUGUUGAUUUGGCGAAUCGCGCGUAGGGUGAUAAAAAAAAAGGAGGAAGACGCGCUUUUCUCACCAACGACAACGGAGAGAGGUAAAUUGUGCGCGCGCGUUUCAGGUAGAUCCGAUAGAUCUAUCGCUCGUUAACAAUUGCAAGUAUUACGGUUGUGAAUAAUUAAUUACCUAACCCAUAAAUCUCUCAAUCGCGGAGCAUGUAGCAGUAAGAAGCAUCGUUCAAGCGUCACCGCCGACGCGGUCGUCACCGCGGCGCGACGUUAACGGCAACGAUUCGGUCAAAUUUCCGGUAGUUUAUGCCGCGCGUGCGGUCACGACCGCGCAUUGUAUAAAAUUACACUUUAAAUCGCCUCCGGAUGUAUUCACGUUGACACGCGAUUAUAUUCGUAUCUAUAUAGUGUUUCAGAAUCACCGCACAUUUGUUUUAAUAACGGCUCCUUUUACGUUUACAACCGAUUUCUCUUUACGGAAGAAACCGCUGCUCAUUACAACUUUUUUAUCAUUCAUCGUUAAGAGUUUGAAUGGCUCUACAUUAUUUGUAAUUUUUUACCUUAUUUUUCAUAGAAAUAUGAUGGUGUGUCGUAAAGGAAUGAAAGAUAUUGUUAUUCCUCCGCGCACUCAAAAUGAAACUUUUACUAACAUUUCUCGAAACAAUCAAACUAGCGGUGUACUCAUUUGAGAGUCCUCCAACAAAUACGGAUUUUAAAAUGAUUCACGAUUGUUUUGUCGUCGAAACUUCUUAGCGAGGAGUUUUCGCUAUUAAGAGUUGCCUUCGAGAGUAAAACUCUCAAGUGAAUAUCCACUCCCGCGUCUCUCUCUCUCUAUCUUCCUCCAUUGUCCGUGAAUAAAAUAUGUAUCGGUGGUUUCGAAGCACUCUGUAGACUCACGUAUCAGCACACACGUACACGAGACAUUCACACGUGCCACACAAACACACACACACACACCCGCGAAGUAAUAUUUAUAUGACCAGAAUACAAUUUAAAGUAUCUUUAACGAUAAAAAAUGAGGGAACAGGCGGCGAGAAACCGCCAUCUCCUCGAGUGCCGCGCCAAAACGAUGAAUUAAGGUGAAUCGGUGGGAAAGAAAAAGAGAGGGGAAAAAAAUAGAUUAGACGUGCGAGCUAGUGUAAGCUCGACCUCGUCUCACCAGGGCACUCUAUAAUAAGGUUGUGAUAAGGUUGUGAGAACACGUUCGUAGCCGUGCUACGGACGACAUAAGAUUUUUAAUUACUAGGAUAGGGAACAUUUCUCUACUCGAGUUAUACUCUCCGAUGCAGCGUUACCUCCUACCCAAGAAGGAAAAUGAGGAGGGGAAAGAGCGGUUAAUACAAUACGAGAAAGAGGGAACCAACAUUUACGAUACCCGACCACUUUUAGACGAAUAUAUCGAGACCUUUUUCUUCGCGUCUUACAGGUAAAACCCCACAGGUAGUCCCUGAUAUUUGCACGGCUAACGCCGGAUUACAUUUCCGUCGAAGUGAAAUCCCAUUUGCGUAAAACAUACGUGACUGCUUUCGUCUAAAAGACUCCGGCGCUCGCUUCUUAUUUGGAAGGAAUAUUUACGCGGUAGAUUUUUGAGAUCCGUAGAUUUUAGCACUUCCCGCGCUACGCAAACUUUUUAUCAUAUUCUUUCAUAAAUUCAUAUGUAUUCAAAUGUAGUCAACAUCAACUGAUUGGAGUGCUUUAUCGUAUUAAAUCCGAAACAUAUCGACAAUUUAUAUUUCUCCUUUUAGUGCAAAGCGAAAUCUUUACUGUUUGAGCUUGAGAAAUAUUUUUCCGCGCUUUCACGAAGAUAUUAAUAAGUGCCAAAAUAACGUCCCACUUAUCGCGCUUUAGUGAAGGAACUUCAAACAUAAAGUUUAUUGCAAUAUUCUUUGCCUUUGUGCGUUUUCCCCAAUACUUUUAUUGUUUUCUUUCCUCUCAAGUUAUUCCGCUGAAUAAAACAACGUUGGGCUUUCCGAAUGCCGAUACCUUGGGUAGGAAUUUCAAAUGCAUAGUUUAUGAUAUUAUAUUAUAUAUAUUGUAUAUUAUAUCGCAUUACACGCAUUAAUCACACGUACGUAUCAGCAGUUCGAUUCUCAAAGAGCGUUUCGCGAAUCGGUGCGCGGCUCGUUUUAAUCUUCUUCCGCGACUCUGUCCGAGGUUUAAGUAGAGCGAUAUUUAUUUUUUUUAAUGACAAGGACAUUUUGAAAGAUAAUUUAUCAAACGACAUUUUGGACGCCGCGAAACGAUUCGUGACGCGCGAGAAUCUCACAUUGUAAUCGAGCCUGGUCGCUCGAUAUAAAGAAUACAACUCUAGAUACGUCUGAUAAAUAAAAAAA